AGGACACACCCUCCUCUCCUCGCUCUCCCCCCCCCCCCACUCUCUCUCUCUCUUUCACUCUCAUUGUUUCCCACACUGACUCCGCUUCGGAGCGGCUUCCCUAAACCAGCAGCCAUUCAGACGUUUCCACGAGAGGUCUGCACAGGGAGAACCCAUUCCGCCGCAGAGAUGCAACUUUUACUCGCUGCGCGCACUGGAUGAACACUUCCUGUAGCAGAAACGGCGUCUUUUGUCGUUUGUGCCGGCGGACCGAGCCGGAAGACAGCCGGCGGAGAUGAAGGGAGAGUGUGUCAUCUAAUUGGGAUGAGAGUUCAAGUCAAGUGAGCAGGCGGAUUGGACCCUUAAAGCCUCUUAACGCAGGCGGUGGCAGGAAUAAAGCGCAGAAAAAGGAGAGUCGUAUGAAGUGUAUGGAUUUAUGCGCUGGAAUCCAGAAAGAGGGCUUGCUGAGGUGUGGGCGUUUGGGGGGGGGGUCCUUGGGUCGCAAUAGCGGGGGUCAGAGCGGGUUCCUGUAUGUUCUCGAUGCCAUGAAGUUGCCUUAUAUGAGUUUGAGGGUUUGAGUCCGAGGAAGAGGAGACCUGCGCGCAGAGAAGACGCAGGAGGAGAGAGGAGGAGGAGGAGGAGGAAGAAGAGAGAAAGGUUGAGAGGGUGCCGCCGCUGCCGCCGGAGCGCACAGCGCGGUUCCAGAUCCACAGGGAUGGAGGGCACAAGAGCGCACAGGAUAACUCUGGUGGAUCCUGGAAGCAGAGGCGCAAAGACCAGGAGGACGCGCCUCCACCUGCAGCGGGCUGUGAUUCUUCUGGCUGUCCUGGCGGUACAGCCGCAGGGCGCGAGCGCUGCCGGGACGUUCGAGCUUCAGAUCCGUCACUUCCAGAACCCGCACGGGUUCCUGCAGACCGGAGACUGCUGCGACCUGCAGGCCGGCGGGGGACAGCGCUGCUCCGCUAGGGACCAGUGCGACACCUUCUUCCAGGCCUGCCUCAAGGAGUACCAGGCUCGGGUGGUCCCCACGGGAGCCUGCACCUUCGGCUCAGGCACUACAGGCGUCCUGGGUGGAAACUCCCACUCGCUCCGGCACCGAGGACACAACGCCGGAGGAGGAGGAGGAGGAGGAAGAGAGGAUGGGAGUGACGGACACAUUGCCAUUCCCUUCAAAUAUGCCUGGCCGAAAUCUUUCUCCCUGGUGUUGGAAGCUCUGGACCACGACAACGACACAACAGAACCAGGUCAGCUGAUCGAGCGAGUCCUCCUCUCCUCCAUGCUGAACCCUGGCGAACAGUGGCAGACAUACCGUCACCACGGACGCAUCCUCAGCCUGGAGUAUCGGCUCCGCUUCCGGUGCGACUCCAAUUACUACGGGCCUUUCUGCAACAAGUUCUGCCGGGCCAGAGACGACUUCUUCGGCCACUUCAGCUGCGAGCCGAGUGGCUCCAAGGUCUGCAUGGAGGGCUGGACAGGACCGGAGUGCAAAGAGGCGGUGUGCCGGCAGGGAUGCCAUCAGGCCCAUGGGUUUUGUACUGUGCCUGGAGAAUGCAAGUGCCAUUAUGGCUGGACGGGUCCUCUGUGUGAUCAGUGCGUGACGUUUCCAGGCUGUGUGUACGGGAGCUGCACCGAGCCCUGGCAGUGUGUGUGCGACGUCAACUGGGGAGGCCUGCUGUGUGACAAAGAUCUUAACUACUGUGGCACACACCAGCCCUGUAAAAACGGCGGGACCUGCACUAACACAGAGCCGAACGAGUACCAGUGCGAGUGCCAGGACGGCUUCCGAGGACGCAACUGUGACGUCGUGGAACAUGCAUGCCUGUCGUCUCCGUGUACGAACGGCGCCACCUGUGUCGAAGACCCCGACAGCUUCAGCUGCAUCUGUCCUGAAGGCUGGACUGGAAACACCUGUGCAGACGCGGUGAGACAAUGUGAUCGCAACCCCUGCGGCCGCGGCUCGACGUGUCAGGAGGCUCCCGGAGGUUUCCGGUGUCUCUGUCCGCCCGGAUGGACCGGCAGGACGUGCCAGCUGGACGCCAAUGAAUGUGAAAUGGACACAUGUGUCCACGCCCGCUCUUGUCGUAACCUGAUCGGUACUUACCUGUGCGACUGCCUUCCUGGAUGGACCGGGCCCAACUGUGACAUCAGGAACAGCAGCUGUCAGGGCUCGUGUUUGAAUGGCGGCCGAUGUGAGGACCUGCUGUCAGGGUCCAGAUGUGUGUGUCCAACUGGUUUCGCUGGUAAAUACUGCCAGAACGGUUUGGGUCCCUGUGACAGCGACCCGUGUCUGCACGGUGGGCAGUGUGUGACAAAGGAUGGAAAGACGGCCACCUGCGACUGCUCUGUGGGAUAUUCAGGAAUCUUCUGUGAGAAAGAAUUGGAUCCUUGCAAUCCUAACCCCUGCCAGCAGGGGGUGCAGUGUCACAGCUCGGAGGGAAGAUACAUGUGUGCAUGUCCUGAUGGGUAUUAUGGCAAGGAGUGUGUGAGCGUCAAAAGUCCUUGUGUUGGGCAAGAUUGUCAAGGCGCUAUGUCCGACACGACUCACGGUGGCCUCAGCCUCUACAUGAUCCUGGUGGGAAUCCUGGCUCUGGUGACGAUCUGUGGCUGCGUCGUCUGCACCGUCGUCUUCUCCCACCUGCUCCGCAAGAGGAAAAAGCAGCAGUCUGUCCCGCAGGAGGAAGGCAUCAACAACCAGAGAGAGUUUGUCAACCUGAUCAGAAACGUGGACCGCACCACUGGGUCCCCUGGCCCACCGGGGACCCCCGGGGCCCCUCUGCCCCCCGCCGCGCCUCACCCUGCAGCCCACGUCUCUCGUAGCUGCGAAGAGAUCGAGCUCACCAUGCCGCCUUCCCCGGCUCCGUCGCACCCCUCCCCGGCUCUGAAGCCAGCCCACGCCCCCAAACUGGACAUUUCAAACCGGGAGAGAGAGAAGCUAAAUCGUUUCCACUGCACAGACAAUCAGGAGCUGGAGGUUUGACCACGAUCUGGACUUCUAUUUUCAGUUUGUAGCACUUUUUUCGUUGACAGGACCACUGUCCCGUUCUUUGCAAUGAGUCCAGCGUGGCAUUAAUGCAGACUGGGGCUACCUUUGAACUUUAUAAACUCAGACGUGCUCUCAGCUGACCCUCGAGGAAGUAAUGCUGCUAAAUAAAGGAUCAGAGGUCUGUCGCGCAGUGCCGUCUUUGGGCAUCAUUUGGUGGCAAAAAAAAAAAAAAAAAAAAGGAGCAAGUUUGCGAAGUGUGACUGAAAUGUGAACAUUUAAACGACCCACCUUUGAGUGCCUGCAGUACAGCCUGGAGAACCCUGCGCCGUGUCCUGAUACGCCGUGUGACGCGUGCGGAAAAUGUCAUUUCCAUUUCUGAGUCGCUGCCUGUUUAGCACUUGAUCACAUUUUGGGUUGUUGAGUGCUUGUGAGAGUGUCUGCGAGUGAAUGAAAGAGUGUAAAUUAUGAGUGUAUGUGAGUGGGGGGGGAGACACAUUGCUUAAACAGAAUAAAACAAAGUUGCUCUUCUUGUCAUAAGGGAGUUUAUGGUCCUGAAGAAAAAGGCUUUAAAGGCCUCCUGUUUUUUUUUAAAUCACACACUGUUGCCUGUUUUGUCUCUGUAACACUGCAGUCUGUCAAAGAUGUAUGAUUUUUUUUAACUUCAUAUCGGCGUGUAAAAUAGCUUUUUUUCUUUUGUACAUGAAUAUAUUGUAUUGAUGCUGUUUUUGUAUGGUGGUUCAGUAUGGAAGUGUCACUGUAUUACUUUACUCUGUUUGUCCCUUUUUUUACUUUCCAGUCGGGAUGAUCAGCACACGUGGACUGUAAUAAAAGUGCAUUUACCAG